AGACAGACGGCAAAUAUGACCGAAAGAAGAUAGAACACAAAGAUUAGGACCGAAGGAGGGGCCUGCAACGGCCUCAACCACCCAAAAUUAAAGCGAAAUGAUAAUUGGUUGACAAAAACUGUACAAGAGAAAUUUCGUCACAAUGAUCAAUUUCUUUAUUUAGCCCCUUGGAGAUUGCUGAUUAGAGUGAACUGGGAAGAAAGAGGAAUAAGCUUUAAAUCUUGCUAAAAUCAAGAUCCAUUGCCAGUUUUCUGGGAAAAGAUCUGCUGAUGGAAUUUCUAACUAAGCUUGUUAAGAAAGCUGAUCGCAGUCCAACUAAUGCUGUGAAUUUUCUCCUGAUGGAACUGGGUGACUGGUGGAACUUGUCAGAAAGUCAAGAUGAAGAUGAAAAAGAUGCACACAAACAAAUUCAGAUUCUCAAAGUAGAAUUAAGAUUGUUGAGAACGUUUCUGAUAUACGUUGGAAUUUGGAAUGAUCUUCAUAAAGAUGUUGGUCUGUUGCUGCAGUCUCUAGUCCAGGAUCUUGAAGCUGCAUUCAUGGAGGCAAGUACAGAUUUUAGAUCUCCGCCUGCGUAUGAAAUUCAAAGAAGUGUCGAGUACUUGUAUCCUGUAAUUUCUAAGUGGCAACAAAAGUUCAAGCUUUUCAGGCCACUGAUUAAAGCAGCUUACGAUUAUGUUUCAUCCAAGCAGGAGCUCUGUUCAUUUCAAUGCCAGUCUCCUUUGGUUUCUUACUCUCCUCUGAGUAAUUAUGUUCCCUGGAAUGAAUUCUCUGGCUCUCUACUGGAUAAUCUGGUAGAUCUGUCUAGAGAGGACACAUUUCAUGUGCAUAUCAAGCCGCACAUCCAAGUCAUGGCCAAGAUGAUAGGAAACCUAAGGGGCUUUAUGGCGGUAGAGAAUCGGAAUGCUAACCAACAAGAGUAUAGACACCUCUUGGCUCAUUUUGGAGCAAUACUUGUCCAAACAGCAUAUAUUUCUUAUGUGUGCUGGAUUGAUGGCUUGGAUGAAAACAUGAAAAAUGAGAUCAUUCCUAAGCUUGUUGACCUACUGAAAAAGCUAAAGCCUAAUGCUUCACAAGUUACAAGGAUAUGCUUCAAGUUACUGGAGGAUCACAAAUACAAUUGUGAAGAGUUUGUCCGAUUUCUCAUUCCUCAGAAGAAUCAGCUUCUGACCCUUCAAAAAGGGCUCAAAUACCUAAUAAUGUUGGUCAUCCAGCCACCAUCUUUUUACACAGACAAUGAUGUAAAGCUGCUUUCAAUGGAUAUUAUAGAAAUGGUUAGCGAGCUUGGAUCUUUCAGCUACUUAUUUCAUGCUAAGGAAACAGUAGCAGAUCUCGCUAAGGAUGCUUAUCCUCUACUUUUUAGGUUGCUCGAAAAGAUGGAGCGUCUCAAUGCAGAGCUGUUCCUCACCGAGUUGCUACAGCCCGGAAUAGUGGAGAAGUCUUUCGUGAAGAACCGAAUUAAUUCUUUCCAUGAUGGAUUAAGUUUUUUACAGAUUUUUCUAGGAGAUGAUGGCAGGGAAAUUCCUCAGCCCAUAUGGAAAAAUAUUGGAUCUCUAGCUAGGAAUGCUGGUAAUGUAUAUCUCGCAUUUCUGCGCAAGUCAGUAACCAAAGACAAGGUCACCUUUGAGCUUCUCAAGUCGCUUGAGAGGAUUAAACUUUUCAAGAUGGAGAUACUUUUGCACGAGCUUCUAAACAGUCGUCCAAAUAUGACGGUCGAUGUGCAGAAUCAAAUACAAACCCUUUACAAGGGGCUGACAGUCCUCAGAACUUUUCUUAUGGGUCCACUGGAGGAGGAUGGUAAAUUGAUCUUGGCACAUGUUGAAUUAGUGGUCAAGCACGUAAUAUCAGUUAUUUACUCAGUUGCUGCCAAGAAAGUCACAGAAGACAUGGCAACGAAUCUUGUUCUUUUGCUUCCAGAGUUGGUAGAAAAGAUUGAGCCUGUCAAUGCAGGGAUAAAAGAGAUUUAUCUGCGAGCACGAAGCUCAUUUAAAUCUUGUUUCCCCAAGCCUGAGGGAGUUGGCUUUAUGGAUUUUCUUAUAGGAAAUUUGAUGGAGCUGCUGAACUCCAAAGCUAAAUCGAUUGGUUCUCUGAAAUAUCCAAUUCAUAUUGUUCAUAGAGAGAUGGGAUUCUUGAGGUCGAUACUCUGCAACAUUAGAGAAAAGUGGACUCAGCACUUGGAUAUAAAAUGUCUUGUUUCACACAUUAUACAAGUGGCAUAUGAGGUGGAAUACCUUGUUGAUUCGUUGGUGGUUAGAGGAGGUGUUUUAUGGUAUCAUGCGCUAUGGGUUACUGAUCUCAUAGAAGAUAUCAGGCUUCUUAAGAUUAAGGCUUCAGAGAUCUCUAUGAAGACUUGCGGUAUCAAUAUCUCUAAUGGUCCCGAGGCAUUGAGAAAGGUGACAUCGCCAGCAAAAAUUCCCAAAAUUGAUGAAGAGGUCAUUGAUCUUGCUGAUCAGAACAAAAUUAUGAUUGAUAGGCUUACAAGAGGAUCACGACAGCAAGAUGUUGUCUCGAUUGUUGGUAUGCCUGGGCUAGGUAAGACGACUCUGGCCAGGAAGGUAUACAAUGAUCCUUCAGUUAUCUUUCACUUCCAUAUUCGUGCAUGGUGUUCUGUGUCUCAAGUAUACUGCAAAAGAGAUUUAUUGCUCGAAAUGCUGGGUGGCAUUAUGGAUAUUACUGAUAGUAUCCUUGAAAUGAGUGAUGAUGAUCUAGACUUAGAGUUAUAUCAAUGUCUCAAGAGAAAAAGGUAUCUCAUAGUUAUGGAUGACAUCUGGAGCACUGAACCAUGGCAUGAUUUAGAAAGAACGUUCCCAAAUGAUGAAAAUGGAAGCAGAAUAUUAGUCACAAGUCGUCUCCCUGAUGUGGCUUUGGAAAUUAAAGCAGAUAGAAUUCCUCAUCGUCUUCGUCUACUCUCCCAUGAUGAAAGCUGGGAAUUGUUGCAGAAGAAGUUAUUCAAGACCAGAGAUUGUCAAGUUGAACUGGUGACAGUUGGAAACCAAAUUGCCAAAAGUUGUCAAGGACUACCUCUUGCAAUUGUUGCAGUAUCUGGUAUCCUUGAAAGAACUGAAAUGACUCUAGAUUCAUGGAAAAAAGUAUCAGAAAGUUUAUGCUCACGCAUUGCCAGUGAUCCGCAAACAAGGUGCAUGGAGAUCCUAGAGCUAAGCUACAAGCAUUUGCCUGACUAUUUGAAGCCGUGCUUUCUCUAUCUUGGAGCAUUUCUUGAGAACAAAGAAAUUCCAGUCCGAAAGUUGACAUGGUUAUGGGUUGCUGAAGGAUUUGUACGAAGUACGGCGUCAAAACGUGUGGAAGAUCUUGCAGAGGAAUACUUGAAGGACCUCAUUGGCAGAAGCCUAGUAAUAGCUUCGAAAAGCAGAUCCAAUGGUGGAGUUAAAACAUGUUGUGUUCAUGACCUGCUGCGUACUUUAUGCUUGCUGAGAUGUCACGAAGAAAAUUUUCUUCAUUCAGUAACUGGACAUAAUUUCUUUUUUGAUGCUUCUUAUGAUGAUUCAGAUUAUGGUGUUGAUCCAGAUUAUCAUCCUACAAAUUGCACAACAUAUGCAAAACGGAGGUUAUCCAUUUGUUCUAAGAGAAAUCAUUUCAUCAUGUCAAGGCCUGGUGGACCACACGUCCGCUCUCUACUAUACUCUGCCAGCAGUGAUUUGUAUCCAAGAUGUCCCUACAACAUCUCCUUCAUUUUCGAGAACUUCAAACUUCUCAGAGUGCUGGAUUUGGAAUGCAUCAAUAUGGGUAAUUCUUUCUUCAGUGGAAUAGAGUUAUUGGCUCAUUUGAGGUACUUGGCCCUUUGUGGUGAUAUAGACUAUAUUCCAGCUUCAAUUGCCAACCUCUGGAAUCUGGAAACCUUGAUUGUGAAAGGACUAAAAGGUAAAGUCCUACUGCCACAUACUAUUUGGAGCAUGGAAAAGUUGAGACAUUUGCAUGUAUAUAGUAAUGCUGUCUUCAACAUGCAAGACAAUGAAACAGAAAAGGCCACGCAGUUAGGAAAUCUGGACAGUCUUUCCACCCCAUCUCUCUCUUUUGGUAAACAUACAGAGAAUAUCAUGCGAAGGUUUCUCAAACUUCGGAGACUUAGAUGUCUGUUUUCAGAAUCAAGGGUUGAUGUUGGGAACUCAAAUCAAUUUCCAGUACUGAACUGUCUCACAGAACUAGAGUCGCUCAAAAUUCUCUGUUCUGGUAGAAUUGCUCAUCCUUUUAAGUUUGACUUCCCAUUGAAACUGAAGAAGUUGACUCUAUCAAAAUUUCGCCUGCCAUGGGACUGCAUUUUGGAAGUUGGUAGAUUACCGAACCUGGAGGUUCUCAAAUUGCUUUCUAGGGCCUUUGAGGGGAAAGUGUGGGACAUGAAAGAAGGGCAGUUCCCUAAACUCAAUUUCCUAAAGCUCGACACUCUGAACCUGGCCCAGUGGAAUGCCACCAGUGAUGACUUUCCCAAUCUUCAACACUUAGUUUUGCGAAAUUGCAGGCAGCUUGAGGAAGUCCCCUCUGGUUUAGGAGAUGUCCCUACACUGGAGAUCAUUGAGGUGCAAUUGUGCAGACAAUCUGCUGAAGAGUCUGUCAGAAGAAUAGAGGAGGAACAACACAUGAUGGGAAAUGAUGAUUUGAAGGUUCUAAUCAAUCGUUCAGAAUGGGAUUUCUGAUCAUCACCAGAAUUUUUGGUGGAGCUUUGCAGCAUUAUGUUCAGAGAUGCCUCUCCGGAAAGAAGAAAGUGGGCGUCUGUUAGAGGUGAAGGAAAUGGAAUCCUAGAGUUUGAAGGAUGGAAGACAAUCUUGUAUAAGAGAGUUCUGAUUUAUCACCAUGGUUUCUUCAAAUGUCUGUAAAAUAUUGUUUGGCAAAUUUGUUACUCAUGGGAGGCAAACCAGACAUCCUGUGUUUUAUUUGCUUCCAACAGAUUCUAAAUCCCAUAUUUGGAGAGUUGAUGAGUACGACUGGAAUUUUGUAUAGUGCUGAGGAUGGAUACAAUCAAGUGCGCAUUCUUGUCCUGGUGAAGUAUUUACUUUGUGGAGCUGAUCCCAUACGUAAAGCUCCUAAUAUCUACAUCCAGAUUAUUGCUUUUCUUGUGAACCAGCAGAAGAUUCUUAAACACCUAUAAAAGUGGAAAGCAUGAUUGAGUGACUUCAAAAUUUCCUUGUACUUCUUCCAUCCUGUUAGAAAUGUUAUAUUGUUCAUCUUGAAAUGUC